ACAUGUUAAACAUAGGUAGGCAACCAUGCAGCGAAGCGAGUGCUGGUAGCAUGCAUAGAUAGACAGAUCGCAGAGUGUCCACACUCGAACACGACGCCCGCCCACCCUAACCUUGUCCCCGUCCGUCCGUCAUCACCGUCUCUCCUCCCACCGCCGCCCACCAACCAGACUAAUGCCGCUCCUCCGUCUCUACCUCGACGUCUCCACACUCACCCCCAGCGGGUUCGCGACGGCACUCUCACUGCUCCCGCCGGCAGUGCACCCGUCGAUAACGCGCUACCACUUCCCGUCGGACCGGGCGCUGGCACUGGGCUCGGCCUUUCUCCAGCGCUACGUAAUCUGCACGCACUACGCGGCGCACACAACGCUCAGCUCCGUCCCGCUGCACCGCGAUCCAGCCAAUGGGCGGCCGUACCACGGGGCCGUAGCCGGGACCGGCCAGCUGGACGGCGUCGAGGAUUACAACACCUCACAUCACAAUCCGCGACAGGAGUUCCCCGCCGGCGGCGAGCGGUGCUUGGUCGCCGUGGCGGCGCUGGUUACGAGGACGCCGCAGCGGAAGCGCCGCGUCGGCGUCGAUGUCGUUCCCACGGCGUAUACGAGAUGCGGCGCGGAGGAGUUCGUAGAGACGUUUUGUGGCGGCGGGGGAACGGAGGCGGGCGUGUUUACGGCUAUGGAGGUGGAGUGGGUGCUACGUGCGAGCGACACGGUGGAGAGAGUGAGGGGUGUUUACCUCCUAUGGGCGCUGAAGGAGGCUUAUACCAAGGCUGUGGGCGUAGGCAUUGUGGGCGAGUUAACGAGAGUCGAGUUUAGAGGGCUCGAGGGGUGGCACGGGCAGGAGAGGUGGAGGGGCGCCGAGGUUUGGGUGGAUGGUGAGGACGAGAGUAAGAGGUGGUAUACGGAGGGAGAGGGCUUCUUUCUUGCGAUCUGUUGUGAGCGAGAGGCACUGGUGGAGGGUGAUAUAGAGGGUGAGUGGAAGGAGUUGGAUCUAGAGACGGACAUCACUGGACCGUGGGGUGCCGCGUAAGCCGUGAUGCGGGAGGUGAGUAUAGAGGGCGUCAACAUCAAAUCACAACAGAAGAAACGCAAUU